GCUCGCUGGCUGGCUCCCAGGACGGAGCGAAGCUACCAGCCCAGCAGGGAUCCUUCCUUCCUUCCUAGGCGGCGCCGCCGAGUGUUUCCCGAUCUGCGGGAUGCGGAUCCCGAGCCUGCCCGCCGCGGCGGCGCUGCUGGUGCUGCUGCUGCUCACGGUCGCCGGGGCGGCGGCGCAGGAGGGCGUGGGGCCGGAGGAGAUCGCGGCGAAGGCGAGGGCGCAUGAGGAGGUGGCGGCGCUCGCGGCCGAGCUCAGGGCGAAGGUCUCCGCCCUAGCAGAGGCGAGCGUUGUGGCGAAGACCGAGGAGUUGAAGAGCAAGGAUGUUGGCGUCGAAACGCUGGAAACUGUCGCUGGGGAGAUGUCACAGAACAUUGCUACUCUGCAGAGUGAGAUAGCUUCCCUCCAGUCAAAGAGAUCUGCAGCUGCAGAGGAGCAGGCAGGCAAGGCCAAGGCCCGGGCUAUUGAGCUUCAGAACCAGAUCGAGAAGCUCAAGAAUGACAUUGCUGCACAAAACAACAAAAAGGCAACUAUGGAGGCCAGGGCUAGCGAUGCGGAGAAGAAAGUGCAAGAGCUGAAUGCUAAGCUGGAGAGACUGCAAAAGACAAGUGCUGAGCAAAAGCGUAGGGUCCAGAAGACCCAACAUGCUCUUAAAGUUGCAGAGGAGGAGCUGAUGAGGGUGCAGUUAGAAACAACAACGAAAUCUGAGCAGCUCGGAGAGGUUCAUGGGGCAUGGUUGCCACCUUGGUUAGCGACACAUGCAGCUCGCUCAAUGGAGUUAAUGUCAAGUCAAUGGAACGAACAUGGGAAACCCGCUUUCAACAGUUUGCUGCAGAAGGCAUCAGAAAAAUCAGUGCAGGUGAAGGAAUGGGCCAAGCCCCACAUUCACACUGCCAAGACGAAAUGGAUUCCUGUUAUUAAAGAGAAGUGGGCCAUUGCAAAGACAAACACGGAACCUUAUAUGCAAAUGGUCUCAGCAAAAUCAGUAGAGGUUUAUCAAGCAUCAAGAGAUGCCAUCUCACCUCAUGUUCUGAAGGCACAUCAAUUUGCUAAUCCCUAUUUCCAGGAGGCCAAGAAGCUAUCCAAACCCUACAUUGAUCAAGUUGCUAAGGCCAGUAAACCACAUGUCAAGAAACUUGAAACCACCCUGAAGCCUUACUCUAAAAAGUUUCUUGAGACGGCUACUUUAUAUCAUGAGCAGGCUCAAGCAACUAUCCUGGAUUACAUGCACCAACAUGAAUUAUUAAAACAAUUUGCGACUGGGGAGUUGGUGUGGUACCUGGCUUCUGCUUGGCUUCUUAUGCCAGUGUAUGUUUUAUACAUACUUGUAACAGAAAUCUUCUGCACCCGCAAGCAGAAGAAAUCCCCACGAAGUGAAAAGGCCAACCAUGGCCAUCGGAGACACAAGCGCCGUCAUGCUGAGAAAUAGAGACCAUGGACAAACACUUUGUGUUAGAUAGUGGCCUGCUACAGUGUAGUUGAAGAAGGUACAGCUUUGUUCCUAUGGUAGCAGUAUCAGCUUCAUAUGCUAUAUACCCCCUCCAUUCCAAAUUAGUUCACUUAAGUUUGUCUAGAUUCACACAUGUAUCUAGAUGCAUUUUAGUGUGUAAAUACAUGCGAAUCUAGAUAAAUCAACGGCAACUAAUUUCCGCGGCAACUAAUUUGGAAUGGAGGGAGUAUAUAGACUGAUGGUAUCAGACAUUUCUGGUCAGCUGAACAAUUUGCGUGGUUUCCUUGAAAUCGUUGAAGUUCAGGUUCUUAAUUCGAACAGUUGUAAUAUUUUGCCUGAGUAGUAGUGAACGCCAUGAAUGUCCAAUUGCUGAUACAACUUUGAACUAAGAGCCGACCAUCUCGGCGUGGCAUAAUAUAAUAUUUUGGCUGUGUACCGUGCAUAUAUUGGAAGCAGGAGGAUGUAGCUUUCCUGGAUGAGUUUGUUGGAUCCCACACGAAUUUAGUACACCCAGGGUCGUCCCUGAACCUUGCUGUGUGUAUCAUUUGGGAGCUGUACUACACUUGAGCUGUAUUUUUUACCCCAUGGAGUGUAGUGGCUGUUUUGUAUCAGCACGUUGUUGACUGGGGGAUUACGAGGUUAUGUGGGUA